AUGACAGACCAAAAAGAAUUUAAACCAUUCUCCCGACUUCCGAAAGAACUCCGAAUGCUCAUAUGGAUCCACGCUCAAGAUCUCUUCCCACGAAUUUUCGAAGUUAUGACCGGAACGAAACGCGAACAUCGACACGAAUCACCCAACGGCCUGUUUUACGCAGUCCUACCAUCGGCUGGGCCGGCAUUGAUGCAGGUCAAUAAAGAAUCUCGUUCGACUCUUGCUAUAUACUAUAAACCACAGUUCACAGCGAAACUCAAUGGUCAACCGUUGAAACCCAAUCCUCAAGCGUCGGAACUCAAUCCUCAACCAUCCGAUGAGACCGAUCCACGUAUGAAAAUCGAAGACCUCCUUUUCAACUUCAGGACUGAUGCGCUACUCAUCGGUAGAACUUUUACAUGCAUGGACGAUGCAGAUACGCCGUCCAUGGACGAGAUUCUCAAGUUGGCGUUUGGCGACAACAAGAUUGAAGUGCAAAAUUCGCUGCGCACCUUACUCAUCGACGAAAACUCGUGUAAACGUUUCUGUUCUGGGAAGCCGUACGAUAAAUCCGAUGCCAGAAAGUCGUUCCCAAGUCUACAGAAAUUUGUCCUUCUUCAACGACUAGGCGCACACCGUGUAAUGGGCUUCUCGAAAAAUCCGGAACAAGACACUAUUAUGCGGCUUGAAGAUUGUACGAUUUACGACCUGGAAGACGAGUCAGACGAGAGAGGGCUCGCAGAGUUGAAGCCAAGUGACAUAUACUACAGGUACAUACGAAGAGAGAGGAUAUGUAGGAUUUCUAGAGGAGCUUAA